AUGGCAUUGCCGUCCAAUAUUUUGAUUGUAGGAGGGGGUGUGUUUGGAUUAUCCACCGCCCUCUCCCUGUCAAAGCGACACCCAGAAUCCAAAUUAACAGUAGUAGAGUCCUCACCGACAAUCCCAAACCCGCACGGCUCAUCUGUCGACACAUCCCGGAUCGUGCGGUCCGACUAUGCUAACACAGCAUACUCCAAGCUCGCCGCCGCUGCCAUUCACCGCUGGCGCAGCACAGACUGGGGCCGGGACGGCCGGUACACGCAGAAUGGCCUGCUACUUGUGUAUCCAGCAGACAGUCCCAGUGCCAAGGAGUAUGCCCGCAAGAGCUACGCCAAUGUACGCCAGAUCGAGGGCGAUAACAUCGUCUCCCUGCCGACCCAGGCGGAUGUCCUCAGCGUCGUGCCGGCCUACGGCUCGACACUCGAUGUCGCCGGUGGCUAUGUGAACUGGGGGUCUGGAUGGUCCGAUGCCGCGGCCAGCGUGCGUUAUGCCAAAUCUCUCCUUGAUGCUGAUGGGAAGGUUAGUUUCCGUACUGGCGAUGUCGAGCGUGUGCUAUACGACACGAACGGCGCCAAGCCUAAAGCCACCGGUGUCGUCUUGACAGAUGGGUCGACUCUCGAGGCGGAUCUAGUUGUGCUGGCGACUGGGGCGUGGACGUCGAAAUUGGUCGAUUUGCGUGGCCGGGCUGUUGCGACCGGCCAGGCGAUUGCUUAUAUGCGGAUCUCCGAUGAGGAGCAGCGCGAGCUGGAGAACUUGCCUACGAUCUUGAACUUCGCGACGGGCAUCUUUAUCAUCCCGCCGCGGGACAAUCUGCUUAAGAUUGCGCGGCAUGCGUAUGGGUAUCGCAAUCCAGUUGCGGUGCCAGUUCCUGGUGCUGGGGCUUCGGGCGAGAUGGUGGUUAGUCUUCCUGAGCAGGGGGUUCCUGUGCCGCUUGAAGGGCAAGAAGCGAUUCGGGCUUCGUUGAGACAGCUUUUGCCGCGGUUUGCGGAGAGGGAGUUUGUUGAUACCAGAGUUUGUUGGUAUACUGAUACGCCCACGGGUGACUUCAUUGUUUCUUAUCAUCCUGACUGUGAAGGUCUUUUCCUUGCUACCGGUGGUAGUGGUCAUGGUUUCAAGUUCUUCCCUGUUCUUGGAGAUAAGAUUGUUGAUGCGUUGGAGGGUACGCUUGAUUCUGAGUUGAGUAAGAUGUGGACUUGGCCUGAGACUGCUGUGUCUGAGGGAGAGGACUUUGCUGGUGAUGGUAGUCGGUCUGGGGAGAGGAGAGCGAUUCUGAAAGACGAGUUGGCGAAGACAAAGAAGGCUUCGCGGAGCAGUGUGCUUUAG